AUGCCUUUCUGUGAACUUCGUAUUCCUGUUGAUUCAAAUACAACAGAAAAUUCUCUUUCAAAAUUAUUAAUAUCAUGUUUUGAUCUUGGUUAUGAUCGAAUUGUUCUUUGUCAAACAGAUAACUUACGUGCAUCAACUUCAAAUACUUCUUCAUCAAAAAAAAAGAAACAAAAAUUAAAUGAAACAGCACCUACAUCAUCAUCAUCAUCAUGGACAUGUCCAAAACCAUAUAUUGCUCGUAUACCUGAUUUAAUUAUUCAACGAUGUCGUCAAACAAAUCGUAAAUUUCGUCUUUAUUCACGUCUUAAUGUUAUUAUACAUGAUAAUCAAUCGUUACAUUAUUUAAAACGUUCAGAUGUACAACAAAAUUUUGAUUUAAUUUCAUUACAACCAUCAACACGUGAUAUUCUUCUGUAUUUACUUAAUUCAACAACAAUACAAUAUGAAUUACUUGUUCUUGAUUCAAAUGAUCCUGUACUUUUACCAUUUCCAUCAAAACUUAUGCGUGCAACAUCUGAACGUGGUAUUACAUUUGAAUUAAUUUAUAGUAAUGCAUUACGUGAUACAUUUGAACGACGAAAUUUACUUGCAUUUGGUCGAUCACUUGCAACAAAUAUUUUUAAACAUGGUCAAUCAAUUAUAUUAAGUUCAAAUGCAAAAAAUUCAUUACAAAUUCGUUCACCAUAUGAUAUGAUAGAAAUUGUACAAUUAUUUGGAUUUAAUGAAGAAAUAGCAAGAAAAAUAAUUAAUGAAAAUCCAAUGAAUGUUUUAGCACGAGCAUUUAGUCGUAAACAAACUGUACAAGGAACAGUAUGGUUAGAUACAACAACAACAACAACAGAUGAAGAAGAUACUAAACAACAAACAACAACAGUUACACCAUUUGUAGCAACUGAAACUAUUCUUCUUUGA